UUAUUCCACAAGGUCGCAAGCUUCUAACUUUUGAGGUUUCCACUCUCUGGUUCCAUUUCUCUUCUCUACAGAGCGCGAAAAAAUCGAUGGUUUAUCUUUAGGUUUCAAUAUUCCACUGAUACAACCAAUAAUGUCAACCUUAUCAAUUUCUUCAUCGGUUUCUCCUUUAUUUUCUCGCCACAAUGCAGCUUCUACUUCGUGCUUAACAUGCUCGCUCAAAAUUUCGCCUCGCCAAAUGAGGAACCCAUUGCUGAAAUUGCAAGAACCGCUCCAUUCAAAACUUUAUGCAGCGACUAAAGGACGCAAAAGGCCAGUGAGAGGCGUGGCGGUUAUGAGCGUGGAGGCUGGCGUAGGAGUAAUGGGCACAAAAUUGGGGAUGAUGAGUUAUUUCGAACCCAGCGGCGAGGUCGUUCCAGUGACUGUGGUGGGUUUUAAAGAAGGGAAUAUUGUGAUUCAGAUUAAGACUGAGGCUACUGAUGGCUACAGUGCGGUCCAAUUGGGAUAUGAAAGGGUAAGGGAUCGAAAACUGACUAAACCAGAGAUGGGUCAUCUUGAGAAGGUGGGUGCUAUACCCAUGAGGCAUCUUCAGGAAUUUCGUCUUCAGUCUGUGGAAGGGUUCGAGCCUAAUCAGCGACUUGUGUUGGAUGAAAUUUUCAAGGAGGGUGAUCUUGUUGAUGUCUCUGGCAUCACCAUUGGCAAGGGGUUCCAAGGUGGUAUCAAGCGUCACAACUUCAAAAGGGGUCUGAUGACCCAUGGUUCAAAGAGUCACAGACAGUUAGGAUCAAUCGGUGCCGGAACUACUCCCGGGCGUGUGUACAAGGGGAAGAAGAUGCCUGGUAGGAUGGGAGGAACAAAAACCAAGAUCAGAAAGCUUAAGAUUGUUAAGAUUGAUAAAGAUCUUAAUGUUGUCUUGAUCAAAGGUGCUCUUCCUGGUAAGCCUGGAAAUCUCAUGAGGAUUGCUCCUGCCAAGAUUGUGGGCAAGAACAUUCCCAAGAAUUAACUCAUUUUUCCCCCUACCCUUUGUGGUUCUUUCUUAUUGGCUUCAUUAUUUUAACUGUAUUUUUUUGUACACUCUCUCUCCUAGGCCAAUAGCACUAUGUUGCUAUUAUGCAUGCGAUUGUAAUUCUUGUUUCUUGCCAAAGAAUGAGCUAUACAGCACGUCAUGUUGAAUAUUCUGUGUUUGGUGAAAUUGAUGUGUUUCCUAUUUAUUAGAUAGAUGGAGUCUGAGAAACAACUAAUAAGCCCCACACUGUUUAUAUCUUAUGAAUAGUUUGUUAUAAAAAUU